UAGAAACAAUACAAAAAAAAUCGACAAAACUACUCAAAACUGAAACGAUGUUCUUUAUAAUCAGCCAGGACUACACACUAAUUGUAACCAAGCCAUACGAGAAUAAAGAAAUGUUUCUUACCACGUUGAACGAACAACACCACAGACCUUAUCGAACUAUGGAGACGAAAGAGAGAAGUGCACAUUCCGUAGGACUGUUGUACGAUGUCAUUUCAAGAAACCGAUGCCAGAUAGAAAAUUUCAAGACACUUGUGUACUGUGAGAAACGAACGAGCAGAAGAAUAACUCCAAGAGUUCCAAAGACCAGUAUCGUAAAGUUUGCAUGACUAACUGAAACACUUCGAUCAAGCAGGGCUUGACCUAACCGAAAAGCGGGCACGAUAGAAACUAAACAACUGCAGCUUCAGUUUUAUGGAUCCUAACGCACCAUCAAACGUUAAAAUGAUGAUUUGCCGAAGAGAAUCGAAAAAUUUGCGAAUAAUAGUUACAACCUGAGUAAAACCAAACAUUGCACCGCGGUUGUUGUUAUUUCACACAGAAAGUCCCCAAUUUCGUAUAGACGAGCGCACCCGUCGUUGUUCAUCAGGGAUCUGUCGGAAUAUGGGCAAAUGGAAUUGUUGGGUUAUCCCUAUGAUGCGGCUCAACAAGGCGCAUAUCAGCAAUAUGUGAACAGCCAAAUUCCAGCGCACGCACAGCUACCGCCAUCUUACAACUCCGUGGUAACGAGCAUGACACCAGCCGGUUAUCCACCCUACCCGCCGGGGAUCGUCCACCAGCAGCCGUUCUACCCGAACAGCUGGAGCGUGAAUCCGUCCGCACCGCAGGCCGCCCCGAUGCAGUUCGCUCCUCACCAUCUUCCCCCGCCGCCACCGUAUGCCGCUGCCACCCAGCAGGCCAUCCCCGCUCAAGCCGUGCAUCCGACGAUGUACCAGUACCCGAUUGCGACUGCCCCGCAACCACAGCCACCACAAGUGUAUCAUCAAACGCCAAUGUAUCAGGUUCAGGGUGCCAUGUUUGACGCAGGUGCACGCUUCGGCAAGUCCGCCGGGUCGGCUUCGAUUCCGCCUCCGCCGCCCGGAAUCGCUCCCAACGCGGCCCAGAUAGCGGCCAUGCAGGGCCAGCAGGUUGUCAUGACCAAGAAGAAGAACAACUUCCUGCACGGUGGCAACGGAGCCGGAUUUACAUUCUGGUAAGCUCAGCCCGUCGGGCGCGAACGAUUCAGUUUUCGUUCUGCGCGCUGGUCACGCACAGCGGAUGGAUACCCGGAGAGCCACUUAUUAUACAGUGAUGUCGUAUUUUUUUCUAGUGUACCGAUCGGUUCAGUUUAGGAGUGUAGUAGACCCCUGUUCAACUACUUAUUUACACCUGGUGGACAAUAUAUUUUUUUUGUUUUCCCUCUGCCAGGAAAAAUGCCAUUGAUGUAUUUCGAUUUGUAGUCAAAAUAUUUGAUUUUUUUGUUUCCCGUUGUUCUUUUCCAUUCACGAAUCUAGAUUGUACAAUUUUGACCAUUUAUUAUUCGAAACAUUAAGAGAAACUACAACCAAUAAAUUCUGAAACGAACGCGAA